UAAGACAGAACUUCGUACUUGGAAAGCAAUAUUACAAGCUUGUGGUUGCACUAAUGUGAUGCCAUAUCUUAAAACUAAUGAUAGAAAAGAAUUUUGGAACAAUUCAGAGUUUUCACAAAAAAGUCAUAUAAUUAUUAAUGAAAAUGAAAAUAAAAAUACUUUCUGGAAUACAAAUGAGUUUAUAUAUUUGCAACUUCAUGAAAAACUUCAG